UUUUCCAGGGCCGGACUUUGGUUUUGGGGCAGCCGGCGGGAGUCAACUCUUCGACAUCAUGGUCCUGAGGGCCGAGUUGAGGGUGGCUUGGGCUGAUAUUAGAUAUGUGCUCAGCUUGCCUGUGGUGCAGAGCUUGGCAUCAUUGAGAUUGAUUCCACCAUGGUGGUGGAGUGGGUUCGGGGCUAUCUGAAAAUGCCCAUUUCAUCCAUCGCCGUGCAACAUCUGGAGGAUUCCUAUGGACCGCGUCACUUUCGAUGUUAGGCAUCCUUUUUAAGAAGCGAACACGGCAAUCAAUUUGUGUUUUCUGAGUUGUUGGAUGUAUCCAAACUAGUUUGUUGGAAGUCCGUUUUAUCAAAAACAGAAGAGGAAACAAACUUGUGCCAGGUUGGGUUGAAGUCUCGUAAGUAAGCGGGUGGGGUGCAGGAUCAUUUUCCCAAAUCGCCUCAUCUCGCCUCCAUCGUGCGAAACCCUCCGCCCUAUUUCUUCGCUCUUCUUUUGGUGGUUCGCGGUCACCGGAGGCCCCCCGUGGACUGCGAGAACGAGCACAGUUGGAAUGCUACAGUUUGGGUACAAACUUGGGACCUAACCCUAGCAGGAUGGGGUUGCCAACCAUGGUUUGCUAUGCUAACUCAUAUCACUCGGUGCCACCAUACAAUACUGUACGAACAAGUUUAUUGUAGAACUAGAAAUGGAAAGGCCCAGCUCAAAUGAUAUAUCGUCUGCAAAAGCCGUGAUGCUGGGAGCUUUAGCAUCUGGUGUUAAUGGUCCCACAUGGCUUGUACUCAAAAUUAUAUUUUUGCUGCUCGGAGUCUGUCUUACUGCCAUGCUUUCCCUAGCAUUUUCAGCAAGUGACUUCAUUAUUGCUGGCCAUGUUCUUUUGCUUGUCAUCAUAGGUGCAAUGCUUUUCAUACUCCUGAAUGGCUUUCUUGCACAGACUGGUCUGGUAGCAGUUGAAGAACAGAUGAAGGAGAUGGGUAUUCUAAAUAAUGAAGGGAUCGAGAAAGGCAAAAGAAACUAACAGAGUAGGGCAUCCUUAUCGAAAGGAAGACAUCAUUACAUUUUUUGAGACUUAUUAGAUAAAUGGAUAGCUACAAUUGAUGAAUACUGUCCAAGAGAGCCCAAGCACAUUUAAGGACAGAAUGUUUACAUUAUUGUGAAGCUAAACAAAUUCAAAGACCCUUACUUUAAUCACCCUUGGCUACCUUCUCCUUCGGCUUGCUCUUUUUGGUCUUCAUGAAGCAGAAGCACGAGCAACAUGGGCACUGAAACAAGAACUUCAUUGCUUGGUUGCAACUUCUCUAAUGUAGCAAUCACAGAUAUAUAUUCCAAUGGAGUAGCCUCUUUCUUUCCCUA